AUGAUUAAAGAGCCGGUUGAUAUGAUUUGGAUUAAAAGCUUAUUGUUAUUCAAAAAAGAAGGAAAAUUCCGAGAAGUCUUAACAGGACCAGACAUCGACUUUUGUACAUUCGGUAGAGAUAAUCAAAAUGGAUUUCUCCUUCAGCAAGCAUCUGAUUUAGUAAAAAAAAUCUUUCCUGGCUUCAAAUGUCCUUGCAGUGUUGUCCACGUAUCAAACAUCACAGUUCCAUCACAUCCUGUUUUAAGCAUUCUUCCUACGGGGUUUUAUAAGCUUAUAACAUUUUUAAGACAAAAAAUGCAGGAAAUGAUGUUUUCAAAUUCUUCAUGUAAACUGACAAAAGUUGAUCGAAAAAUUAAUGCAAUUAAUAUUUACAUCUUGCUGAAGGAACCCGUAGACAUGAUCUGGAUGAAAUGCAUUUUAUACUUUAAAAAGGAAGGAAAUUUUCGAGAAGUCUUAACCGGACCAGAGAUUGACUUUUGUACAUUCGGCAAAGAGAAGCAAAAUGGAUUUUUACUUCAACAAAUUCAAGAUUUAAUACAAAGAGUCUUUCCUGGUUUCAAAUGUCCUCGCAGUGAACUCAACAUUUCAAAUAUUACAAUUCCUGCACAUCCUAUUAUGAGCGUUCUUCCUACAGGAUUCUAUAAACUUAUGACAUUCAUAAGGUAUACUGAGAAUGGACCAAGCUCGUACAAUGUUACGACACUAUUUCAGUUUGAAACUUAUAAGGAUAGACUGUGA